CAUCCAAUCAGCUGAGAGGAUUUAUCACUUCCGGUUGUUUUUCAGACGACCUGAAAACACAUGUUUGUUAAUAGCUAGCGAUGGAAAUGAACUACAAAAAGCGAGCCUAAACGUAUCUGAGAAUGGUCUACAUCAGUAGAAGUUGUUUUCGGAAGUAUGGAAACUUCAUGGACAACCUCCGUUUGUAUGUACGCGGAGGCACCGGCGGGAUGGCUCUGCCCCGUCUGGGAGGACAUGGAGGAAACGGGGGAGACGUUUGGGUGGUGGCAACCAAAAACAUGACUUUAAAGAAGAUCAAGGAUAAAUACCCGCUCAAACGCUUCCUAGGCGGACCAGGAGGCAACAGCAGUGUCCGAGCGCUAAAGGGAGAGAGAGGGAAGGAUGAAGAAAUCCUGGCACCUGUUGGUAUCACCGUCACCACUGAUAAUGGCAGAUCUAUUGGUAUGGGAGAAAUCUAUCAUAUGUCAGAAAUUUAGUUUUAAUUUAAAUAUUUGUGUUUCUUUGGCAAAACCAUAUUUUUCUCAUCAAUUCUUCCGCAAGGGGAACUGAAUGCUGAGGGGGACCGGGUGCUGGUGGCGAAAGGAGGAUCUGGAGGCACUCCUUACA